GAAAAACCGAUUCCGACUGUAGUCGACGUCCUUCCUGUAUGCACGACCAUCUCCUCCCAUCGUGAAGCUAUGCCGCCGCCUAGGGUUCGACGCAGUGUUGUCCCUGGGUUCCCGUCGUGCCCGGCGGGACGUGCGGCGCGCAUCCCUCCCCUAGCCGCGUGCAUGGCGGGUGGUGGAGCCAGACCGCCGGGGCCCAAGCCGGUGGCGCCCAGGUCUUCUAUGCCGCCUUGUCCGUUGGUCCAGCAGCAGUUCCCUCGGGUGCGGGGGCCUCGACCCAGUUGCCCCGCGCAGCGCCGGCCGCUCCAAGACGCGGUGGAGGCCAGCUUGGGCAGAGACCGCCGGCGCAAGGACAGGCUGCGGUGGUUGCCGCGGGUCGGGGAGGGGCUGCUAUUGGGCCGCAGCCAACGCCGUAGGGUCCGGUUGCGGUGGGUGAUGUGGGACAUGGCGGCGCUGCGCACGGGCCACGUCCGCCGACGCCUGGGUCUGCCGUCGUGUCUAGUCAGGCGCCCGGCCAUCAGCCUCGGGCUGCGCCGCCGAUGCAUCACGUCGCGAGGCCACUGCAGAAGCGUCCUGGACCGACGCAGACACAUACACCGCCGCCUCAGUCUGGUGCUGGGGGUGCGGGUUUGCCCCGUGGCCCAGCCAACAGUGGUGCUAACGGACUGCCCCGGGGACAAUGUGGUGACGAUGGUUACAAUGCGUAUGGUGAAGGCUAACAUCGUGGUUCAUCAUCGUCGGGUGGCGGCCGUGGUUAUGCUUGGCAGAGCAAUGGUUCAGCUGAGAGACCUUUUUACGGCCCUCCGAGUGGCUUUGUUGAGGGGGCAUCAGGCCCUGACUACCCACAGCAAGGUGACUACCGUGGUCAUCGUGGCCGAGGUGGCCGGUACUGGCAGCGUGAGCCUCCUCCGCCUGUCAUCAUUGAGCAGACGGACUCCGAGGAGGCGGCUGAUCCCAGUCAGACGCCAGAGCUGUCAGGUCAGGCUAUGGAGGUGGUGCCCCGCUGGCUACGGCUGAGACCAUAGCGACGGGUUCGGUCGUGGUUGCAGACAAGGCAGACUCUGAUAGAGUGUCCAAGUGGGCCGUGAUAUCUUUCCCUACUAAUAAAGCAGCGACUGCUUCUGGUCGUCCGUCAUUAGUACUUUUGCAUAAAAGCCCCUAAAGUUUGUAUGAAUCAACCCGCAGUCCUGAUGAGGUCAACCCGACGAGCGAUAGAAAAAAAACUCCAAAUCGCAUCACCGUCUCCAGCGUGCCGCUACCCCCUGCCGCGAGCCGAUGCCCCCAGCCCCGCCGCAGCGCGCCGCCACAGCCUACCCUGUCGGGACUCCUACCCCUACCCCAACUGCCCCCCACGCCUGCGGCGUUCUACCGUCGGCGACACUCGACGCCGCGGCCGUUGCCGGCUCCCACACCCGCGGGCCUCCGUCUCCCCUGCCGCCGCCGCCGCCCCGCUUGUCUAGCGGGCCGGCCCUGUCCAUGGGGCGCAGGGGCUACCAGCGCCCUCCCACGCCCGUGCGCGCCUCCUUCUGCCCUUCCGCCACGGACGACGUCGUGUCCUGCAGCCUCCACGAAUACGUCCUCCAUCCUGACCGACUUCUCUGAGCCUAAUGCGAUCCCGGUGGUGGCCGCGCCCUGCUCGGCCCGCCGUCCUGCCGUGGCAGGCGCCUGUCGUCGGAGCUCUGGUCGUUGGUUCCAGAGUCGGGCGGUUCCACACGGGGGGCGCCUAUCCCGCUGUGCCACUGAUCACUUAAUUCGGCUCUCUCGACUGAUGCAUAUAAUAUGCUUAAUUAUGUUGUGAUUUUUCUGUACCAAUGAAUGAUCAGGAUUCUGAGAAAGAGAAGAAAGCCUCAGGGGACAGAGUAUUCAGGAGGACACCAAUGCAAAUCUAUGGUGUUUGAGGCAGCUUGAAAGAAGGUUUGCUGCAAGGAAGAGAUAGAAAGAGCGAAAUAGAGAGGGCAGGGGCGUGAUCUGUUGUAAGUAUGAAGUGAAGUAAUCCUUCCUGUCCUGCUGUUUGUUUUCGCAAGUCUGUUUUGCACAACUCUGUUUGCAGUGCGUGCAGUAACUGAUCGAUUGCGUUUUGAGGGUUCUAGGUGUCGAAUAUGACCGGGCCAUUAAAAUAAAAGUUGUAUAUCUUUUCAAGACCUUUCCAACGAAUAUUUAUUUGCUUUUUUCGUCAGGUAUUCUAGGAGAUAAUGGCUAUCUGAAGUUACUGUCAGUUUUCGUCAGACUGCAGUUUUAGGCAUGACUUCCUAUUUUGCGCGGCGUUUCAAAGUAACUUCAAGGAUGAAUCUGUCCAUGGGGCUAUGGAUGUAUUUUCAGUAUUUGGUUUGAAAUUUCCAUGGAGAAUUUUUUCUCAAAUUUUCGCUGAGUAUAGUGAAAGAUACAACCUUCUGAAUGCUGCUGCCCAUUGCGAGUUCUGUUCUGAACUUCUGACAGUUACUGUUUUCUGUAUUGAGAUUUGAGAGGCAUUUUAAAAUAUCUGUCUAGAGUACAAUUAACAUAGAUAUAAUUCAUUGUUUGAUCUUUCCACAGAGUAUGUAAGUACUAUUUUUUAUUGCGUCUACAAGGAGUAAUUUAACAUUGCUAUCCGUUUCAGUUAACUUUGUGAGAUCUUCCUGAAACUGUAUAGUUUCGGUUGUGAGUUUCAAAUUGGUUUGCCGUUUUAAAGGUACUUAGAGGCCGAAUGUAUUGUCUUGAACGAAACUGUUGCAUCUUGCUUUAGAUGUUUUUUGAUAAGGUAACAGCUGCCUCAACUGAAGAAUCAUUAACUCCCUCGCUGUGUAACUUCCCUGCUGCAGGUGAUUGGAUCAGCGAACCUUCUCUGUAGUUUAGGAUUUGAUCAGUUCGAGGAACGUGGUAAGUCCCUAGCAAAAUUCUUUCGCCUUAUUAAUCUUCUGCGUUCUUUAGCAGUGCGCUGGUCCAUGCAGUAUCAUCAGAGUCAUGGAUCUUUGAUAGAAUGUAACGCAUGGGCAGUAUAGUAUUCUCUCAUGUUAUGUGAACCCUCAGAUACCUUUCCAUGAGACUGAACCCAACUGUUCCCAAAUUUCUUAUGUGUUUGUGUAUACGAUGGUACAUAUGUGAGUUUCACCAUUAUUGGUCUAUUUCUUGAUGUUUUUUCCAAGGAUAUUCGAUUGUUGAGUUAAUUGUCAGUGAUGCCAUCACAUUGAGUUGCCAUUAAACUCUAAAAGUUAUGUUUCUUUGUUUUCUGUGUUAUGUGGAAGAAUGUAGAUUUGCAAUGUGAAGAGUUAUUCAAGGACAAUAGUGGCGGCUACCAAUGCAAUUAUUUUAAUUAUUGACAAUGCGGUCUGGGUUGCUGGAGUGAGCUUUUUUAUGGAAUGGAAUACAUGUUAAAGCAGAACCAGUGUAAGCUGAUAUUCUUCAUGUUGUCCUUCAAGACAAUAUUUCAUAUGUUGUAAAUAUUUCAUGUCACCUGGUAUUUGAGUCUGAAAUUUCGCAUGGUGGUGAAUUACUGAAUGCAUGCCAAGGCAGUUCCAUACAAAAACACUUUCCUAAAAAUAAAAAAGAAUACCUUGCUAAUUUAUUAAUACAAAUACACUACCAAUAAGGCUCUCUUUUGGACAAUGAGGUGUCUAGUGGACAUAUGUUAAGAUGAACAGGACCCCCAGCUCGUAGCUCCUGCUCGUGCUGCAGGGCGAGCCUGCAUCUCUAGCUCGGCAACUCUAGCUCCUGCUUGAUCAAACAUCAUUUGUAACAUUUACUAUAUCACUAUGGUUAAGAGGUGAAAUAUUUACAAGAAUUAAAAUACAUUGUAACCUAUACCCGUGGCAACGCACGGGCAUUUGUGCUAGUGUCUCCAACGUAUCUAUAAUUUAUGAAGUAUUCAUGCUAUUAAAUUAUCUGUUUUGGGUGUUUAAUGGGCUUUAUUAUACACUUUUAUAUUAUUUUUGGGACUAACCUAUUAACCGGAGGCCCAGUCCAAGUUGUUGUUUUUUGCCUAUUUCAGUGUUUCGC